AUGGCCGUUGAAAAGGUUGUCCCGACAGCGAGGGAACUUGAGCAAUUCGAUCUCAAUGAUGCCCACACUGUCGAGCUUAUUAAUCGUGCCCAAGAGGGAGAUGCCGCCGAUCGCAAGCUCACCGUCCGUCAGGCUCUAGUCAAGUACAAGAAGGCAGUUUUCUGGGCCUUGUUCUUGUCUACCAGUCUUAUUAUGGAAGGAUACGACCUUGUCAUUAUCACUUCCUUCUAUGGACAGACACAAUUCAAGAAUCGCUUUGCACUCGAGGAGGCCGAGACUCACGGCGCCUCGUUCAUUGAGUGUUUCAAAGGAACCAAUCUGUGGCGGACUGAGAUUAUUCUCCUGGAGAACUGCGUCGUCUGGGCUGCCCAAAUCCUAGGGGGCAAUGCUCUAGUAGCUUAUGGAGUGACCUUCCUCCAAGCCGCAGGCUUUUCGGAGAUACAGUCUCUCAACUUGAACAUCUCAUUGUCUGCAUGCUACGUUAUCGGUGGCAUUAUCUGCUGGUUUCUGUUUCCUCAUGUUGGACGUGCAACGCUCUACAUGAGUGGUUUGACAUUCCUAUUUUUCUGCAACAUUGUAAUCGGAGGACUCGGAUUCACGAAUGAUGCCAAAGGUCAGAUUGCGAUUGGCGUCAUUCUGGUUGUCUCAACUCUGGUCAAUAUGGUCACGGUCGGACCUGUCUGCUACCCUAUCGUUGCGGAAACCCCGUCCGGGAGACUCCGUUACAAAACCAUCGUGAUCGGUCGCUUCGUCUACAAUGUUACAGGCAUUGUGGAACACACCCUCACCCCUCGAAUGAUCUCGCCGAUUGAAUUCGCCGGAAGAAAUGAGAUCGUUGGCAAGGAGGAAGACAUGGCCUAA